UAAUGCCAUACGUAUAAGACCAAAAAAAGAAUUGUAGUUUGAGGAAAGCAUAAAAAUGGUUUAUACUGCUCUCUUCUCAUCCAGAAUUAUUCAUAUCUCUUCUAAAAGGCCUACUGAGAACGUUUCUUCUUUCCAUCCUCAGCAUCCUUUUCACCUCCAAUGCAUAAAAACCAAGAGAGAAUUCCCCCUGCCAUCAGUGGCAUCAAUCCCAUAUCAACCCAUCAAUGUAGAUUACCUGGAGAGAGAAUUCAGCGGCCACGGAGUCACCUUUAAGGAUAUUGUUGACAGCUGCAUCGCAAAGCUGGUGCUAGAAAACGGCAGCACAGCCAGCUUAAUGCUUCCGAGUGGCUUGAUCACCUCUUACAAAGUUCCCAUGUGGCAUGGAGGCAAAGUCGAGCUGCUGCACACAUCAGUCUCUGAAGGAGAGGAUGGUGGUGCUGUGAUAGAAGGCGGGGUGUCCUUAGCCUUCAAGUUUGAAAGUGAUGGUGAAAAUUCAUGGUAUCCAACUACUUGGGCUCUUCAUGAUAUUAGAGGAAAUUCACAAGAAUCUAUUCAGGUCGAGCUGAUUAGUACUCACAAAGAGAAGGUUGAAAUGAAACACAUUAUAAAUCUCCAAGAAGACAUCCUAAGCACAGAGCUUGUGAUCACAAACAAAAUUUCUUCAGCACUCCAAUUGUCAGGGUCUUUCUUAAGCCAUCUGACAGUAAGCACACCGGAUGCCACGUAUGCAGUCGGAUUAGAAGGGUCUAAUUUCAUCAGCAGGCCACCAUUUCUGUCAAAAUUUGGUAUAGUUCCUCAAGAAGAAGAAAAGCUUGGUUUUGGCCAAUUGUGGGAUGAAAUUGUUCAUAAAGGACCUUUUUCUGGUUUGGUCUCAAGUGCAAAAAGUAGUGCUAAUGAACUAGAAAACACCAGAAGAAAAAGUGAAGAAGGAAAUGAAUGUGAAGAGAACGAAAACUAUAAGCAGUUGCAUGAGAAAAUGAGCAGGAUUUAUACAAGUGCACCUCAGAGCUUCACACUAAUUGACAGGGGUAGGAGAAGCUCAGUUGUAGUGGGAAGAGAAGGGUUGGAUGAAGUGUACAUGUUCAGUCCUGGGUCAAGCCAUGAAUACUACAGCAAGUAUGCGUUUGUAUGUAUAGGCCAAUCAGCCAUGCUGAAACCAAUUACCUUGAAAGCUGGUGAUGUAUGGAGAGGAGUGCAACAUUUACACAACCCAAAUCUUUGAAUCAUGCUUGAACAUGUUUCACUUAUGUUUGUGAUGUCAUCUAUAUAAUGGAUGUUCUCAUUUUCAGUUCUAA